UCAUAUGUUUGGAGUUUGCACUAUGGUCAACAUAUGUUUCAUCAUUUGAUGAUAAAAUCAUAUGUUUAAACCAUACGUUAGAUAUAUGAUUAACAUAUGAAUAUCCAAUCAUAUGUUAAACAUAUGUUGCAAUUUUACUCGUAUAUACGUGAUGCAAUGAUAUUACUGAAAAUGUAUGGAUGAUAAAAUUGGGUUCCAGGGUUCCCCCUAAAAACUACUCAUCACAAAAGAUUAUAAUGUUGUAUGUAAAACUUAAUCAUCAUUAAUUUCGGAUUUGAAAUCAAUAUUUAGUGAAAACAAUGUAUUCUAUCUAUGAUGUUGAAACGAAACUGAUAAACACAGUUCAGUUCAUAUGACCUUGGAAAUUCGUUGAGCAAACUUGAUGAGCACCCAUAUAGUAACACCGGAUAUAGCCAUUCUGGUGACACCGGGAACAAAACCGUUCUGUUUCCCCUUUCUAAGGAAACUAUUAUCCCCUCUGCGUCAGUAAAUAGAUUGAUAGCGAAUUUUGAUGCACGCCGUUGAAGAUACCAUGAAUCCCAACAUUUCAAAAUUGGCCUUUUGUUUUGCUUUGGUUGGUCUUGUAAAUUCACAGUUGCUCUAUGAUGGACAUUCGGAAAGCCUAAAGUAUGAACUGAUGCAGAAGCUCGAGAAAGCAUUGAGCGAUGGAGAAAAUCUGCAAAAGCAAGUUACUCAGUUGAAUAAGGAAAUUCAAGUGUUGAAAAGAUGGAUGCGUUGUCCACAAAACUGGGUGUCGUAUAGUAAAUCCUGCUACAAACUGUUCUUGUCAAAAGAAUCCUGGAAUGAUGCUCAAGUUCGGUGUUCUUCCUAUGGGGCGGUGUUAGCAGACAUAACAACGGCGGAAGAAAAUGCCUUUAUUGUGAACAAAAUCCUACGCAGUGCUUCCUCGAUUUCACAUGGUGUUUGGGCAGGAGCAACAGAUGUCAGAAAAGAAGGGGAGUGGACAUGGUGGUCCACCAACACCACAAUGUCUUUUAUCAACUGGAAUGAUAAUCAACCCGAUAAUUGGCAUAAAAGUGGAGGCACAGUAACCUUGAUAGUAUCCAUGUAUUUCACAUAGUCACAGUAGUAUCAAUUUAGUGGUCGUCAAUGAGCGGUGUGAGGCCAAAUCGUCAUCUUCAAGUUGGUUGUGAAAAUAUACGUUGACUGUUGAUGAUGGUUGAAUGUUGAUUUGACAGUUUGAUUUCAUUUUAUGUAAAUAAUGAAGAGUUGAAUACUUGUGUGUUGUAUGUGUCGGUAGCAUGAUUGAGAUCGCCCCAGCAUGUUACUUGCCCUUUCGGACGACGCAUAAUAUGUUGUUGUUGGGGGUGAGCCCUGUUGUUUGGCAACCCCACAGUUGUUUGUUGUUUCUGACCACUGUGGCCAAUAUAUUCCAUGCAAUAAACCCAUACAUUUACAUGUGUUUUUAUUCUUAAAAAGACAAUGGUGGUGAGACAGAUACGUCUUUGAUAAUACGGGACUUGGGGAAGUUGCUAAUAUCUGUUGCCUUUGAUAUCGCAAGUAUUACAACUAAACAAAAUAUACGUUUGAAGAUUAUAAAUCAAUUUUAAUUCUAGUUGUCGUUUAUAGAUAGGCGUAGUGUAUGUUUUAGACCUUGCUCAGAUGUUGCAAGCCCUAGAAAGUGUGUAAUUAUCAGUGACGGAUCCAGGAAUUUCAUAACGGGGGGUGGGGGGCGCAGUAGAAGGCUGGGGUUACCUUGAAGCUUUGCACUGAUGGAGGUGCAGGGGCGAAGCCCCCGGAAGCUAACGAAAUUGUGCCAAUAAGAGAGUGGGUUCUUUUUCAUUUAGAUAAUGAACAUAUAACGUCUACAUACGUAUAUUUUGCUCUUGU